CCCGGGAGCGGCCGUCGGGGGCAGCACUGAGCUGGGGCCGGGCCGGCGCGGUUGCCUCGAAGCUUCUGCUGGAGCCCGGCGACCGCAGCGGGCCGGGGCCGGGCCGGUCGUGCGGGGCCGCGCUGCCCCCCUGGGCCGUCGUGGCAGUCAGAAGGUGCCCGGGCGGGGGGCGCCGCGGUGCUGCUAACCAGCAGGAAUGGAGCUUUCUCCAAGGAACUCGCCAGCAUCAGCCCGCCAGAGCCGCUCCAGCACACCUGUCCCAGGUACCGGGCAAGACUCCCCUGAGGCCGUCUAAGACGGAGCCGGUGGCGAGGACGCCUCUUCUAAGAUGACCCGAACGGACCCACCGGAUCUGCUGGUGUCGACCGUAUACCAGGACAUCAAGGUGGCCGCCCCGGGCCCCGCAGCCAGUGGCCCGCCAUGUGAAAGCCCAAUGUCCCGGCCCGCGGCUCCCGCGCCCUUCAACAAGCGCCACUGCCGCAGCUUUGAUUUCUUAGAGGCGCUGGACGGGCCGACCAUGGAACCUCGCGGCCCUGAACGGCACCAGCAAGAGGUGCCUCCCGUGGUGCAACGCUGCGGCCCACCGGGCCCUGAGCCUGCCCGGCCCCGCCACCGCGGUAAGGAUGGGGAGCCCAAGCGCCGGGCACGCUCCAAAAGUGCUCCCAGGGCCAAGACCAACCUCGUACCAGCUGCCGUGCCCGCCUCACCCCCAGUCACUCGGAGGGGUCGUGAAGUACUAAGGGCCCCGCCCCGUGAACCUCCCUCUCCAAGGCGAGAGCCCACCUACCCCGCCAUGCGUGCGCUGGCCAACGAACUUCACCCUAUUAAGCUGCAGCCUCAGCGCAGUAGUGCUAGCCGUAUCUCACCCCUCUGCCCAGCCAGCCGCUGCGCUCCUCCACCAGAAGAGCCCCCGCGGGCCCCAGCGCCGGCCCCCCACGUACGCUGCAGGGUAGAUAUCAAGCCUGAUGAGGCGGUGCUGCAACACGCCGCCCGUGGAUCUCGCUCGGUCCCCCCAAUUGAGAGUCAGGCCUGGGCACGGGUGCCCUUACCUCCCCGGGGGCUCACAGUGCCCGGUCCUCGCCACGUGGUGCUGUCGCGCACGCCCACGCCGAGCGACUCCUACAGCGGGGAGCCACGGGCGUUGUUCUGCGAUGGUCCCUUUCCUGGGCCGCCCUCCCGCGACUAUUCUGAACGGGGUUGCCCUCCUUUCGCUGCCCCGCCCGGCCCCACUAAGUUCUUCUACACGGAGGAGCCCAGCGGCUACUCAACUGUCCCAACCCAAGCCUUCGAUAGCUACGGCCCCCGCUCUUACCCAGGGCACGGCCUCCAGCCCUACUACUCUGAGGAACCCCAGGGGCCCAGCCCUCCACGGAGCUACUACGUGGAGGAAGCCCGUACCUAUCCCAUCCAGGAACCCCCCUCCCGUUCCUACUACGGAGAAACCCCUCGUUGCUACGGUCCCCGCUUUGGAGAAGAUCCCCGUUACAUAGAGGAUUCUCGAGCUUUCUCCUCCCGCCUUUUCUACACUGAGGACUAUACGAAGUACCGCGAGCGGGAUGCCCUAUCCAGGACUUACCCGCACCCCCGUGGGGGAGGCCAGUCCUGGGGCGAUUGGCAACCCCUCCCCUAUCGCACCCUACAAGUUGCCCCCCUACCACCUCCCGGCCCCGGGGCACUACUCUCUUCUUGGCACGGAGGCACUGGCACCAGCCCGCCUCGGUUGGCCACAGACAGCCGCCACUAUUCUCGCUCGUGGGAUAAUAUAUUGGCGCCUGGCCCACGUCGGGAGGACCCUCUGUGCAGGGGCCGCAGUUAUGAAAACCUGCUGGGCCGGGAGCCAAGGGAGUCCCGGGGCCUCUCCCCCGACGGCCGACGGCCUCCGGUUGUGGUCAAUUUGUCCAGCUCUCCCAAACGCUACGCGGCUUUGUCGCUGUCGGAGACAUCCCUGCAGGAAAAGGGCCGGGUUGGGGAGGGACCCAGCCGAGCCUGGUACGUCACCCCGGAGAUCACCAUCACGGAUAAUGAUCUGCGAGCUGCAGAGCGGCGGGUCGGGGGCUGGGAGCACCUUGGAGGUCGCCCUCCUCCACCGGUCCCUCGUCCCCCGGCUCGUGACGGCCCCGCCUCAGCUCGGCAGCGCAGCCUGGAGCAGCUAGACGAGCUUAUCACUGAUCUGGUCAUUGACUCCAAGCCACCCACAGGUCCCACGCCCCCGGACAGUGAUAGCCUGGGUCGCCAGCUACGACGCCUCCUGAGCGAUGGGCCAACCCGGGGGCCGCCCGAGCCGGAGCUGGGGCCCGAACCUGAGGCCGAGCCGGAGCCCGGGUCGCCCACCAGCCCGGAUAUCUCACGCCGGGACGAGACAGCCGGGGGCUCCCCGGAGCUGAGUGCGGACGAGGACGACCUCAUGACGUGUUCCAACGCCAAGUGCCGCCGUACGGAAACGAUGUUCAACGCCUGCCUCUACUUCAAGUCGUGUCACAGCUGCUACACCUACUACUGCUCGCGCCAUUGCCGCAGGGAGGACUGGGACGUGCACAAAGCCAGCUGUGUCUAUGGCCGGGUGGGCAGCGUGUGCCGCCACGUGCUCCAGUUCUGCCGCGAGAGCCCUCCUGUGCAUCGCGCUUUUUCACGCAUCGCGCGUGUAGGUUUUCUGUCGCGCGGCCGCGGGGUCCUCUUCCUAGGCUUUCCCAGCCCCGGUUCGGCCGAGAAUUUCCUGCAAUUCGGCCUGGAGAGUCUACUGAUGUCGCCCACUUACUUGUCUCUGCGCGAGCUGGGCAGCUACGCUGACCCGCUGGGCGGCUACGGGCAAGAGCUGCAGGCUGCAGGGCGCCAGUACGAACCGGCUGAGUGCUUCUUGCUCAACGUGACCGUAGCCGUGGGGCCCGACGUGCCAGCGCGACCGUCGCCCAAGAGCCCAGUACCCACAGUGCGCAAGUUCGCCAAGGUGGCCCUGGCGACACCCGGGAGCCCCGAGCGACGGCGGCGUGCGCCUCGGCGAGAGUCCGAAAUGGAGACACUGAUCCUGACGCCACCGCCUGGAACGGCGGGUCUAGGCCAGGAAGGCGAGGCCGGCCGGCGUGCGCGAGAGGUGGCCUUCAUCCACAUCCAGCGUGAGCUCCGUCUGCGCGGGGUCUUCCUCCGCCACGAGUACCCGCGCAUCUACGAGCAGCUCUGCGAGUACGUGGAGGCCAACCGGCGUUUCACUCCCACCACCAUCUACCCCACGGACCGCCGCACUGGCCGACCUUUCAUGUGCAUGAUCAUGGCCGCCUCUGAACCCAGAGCCCUCGAUUGGGUGGCCAGUGCCAACCUUCUCGAUGACAUCAUGUGACACCCCAACACACAUAUACACGGGCUGGCAGUCAUAGGGUUUGGACGAGUCUCCAACCGCCUUUCUAGAGUGGGCCUUGCAGCCAACAGCCUCCUAGCCUACACUCCCUCCCACAGUCCAAAUGAUUCUUGGCUUUGGCCCCGCCCCCAGUUUGCCCCUCUUGGCUAUGGCCCCUUCCUCUGGCUUCCUCUCCCCACCCACAAUUUCCCAUCUUCUGUCUACGCCCAGCGCACCCCACAACUCUUCUUUUAAUUUUCUCCUCAUCAAUUGAUCCCCUUUCCACCCUGCUCUUCAAUCUAGACUGAUGAUGUAGGUAAGGGCUACAUCUUGCUUUUUACUUCUCAGAAGGAAGAAUGUGGAAGUGCAGGGGGCCCUUGCUUUGGAGUGAUGGUAGGAAAGUACACUAAUGCAGGCCACUUCCCACCAUUCUUCUUUGCUCCCAGGAUACUCUUAUCCAUUGCCUUCUCCAAUUUCUACCAGUCACCACCACUCCUAACAAAAAGAGAAACUUGCCUGGAAUGUCAGGGGUCACGGGCCCAGGGUGAGGAAUUUGUCCCUUCUCUCUCCUUCCUACUCCCAGGUGCUUCAUCAUCCCCAGUCCUGAACUUCUUUGUUAGCCAAAGUGGGGUCACUUUAACUAACUAACCUCAUCCUACUCAGGUCAUUCCCAAGUAGGAUUUGUGGGGAGACCUCCAGUUUCAUUCAAAUUGUGCAGAUUUUAUACUUUCUUUCCCUUUCUCCUCCCUGCUCCCUAUUCUCCCUAUUCCAUUCCCUUAGAAAGAUAGGCUGCCUCAGCGGGACUCCCAAACUGGCUUUCCAUCAUAAGGAAGAGAACUAAUGGAAGAGAUGGGAGCAAGGAUGGUGCUAGGCAAAAUGGGAAGGUAUGGAGAAUUUCAAUGCCAGUAGAGACUCUUGAUGCUAUGUUCUAAUACUGUGUCCUCCCCCCCCACACCUUCCCAAUCUGUGUGUGUGUGUGUGUGUGUGUGUGUGUGUGUGUGUAAUGGGGGAACUAGGAGAGCAGAGCCUAACCUGGGGCUUUUCUCUCUUUAGAGAAAAAUGUUGCUGGGGCAAGGGAAGGAGAUAAAUGUUCCUGUUUUUAUGUUUGUGUACAUAUCUGUAGGUAGGAGUCUGUGCCCCAGGAGAGAGAGCAGGUGUUCACGUACUAGAAUCAUGUGGUUGGAUAUGUCCUCACCUGUUUGAAUACGUGAUCUUUGAAAAGAAUUUGGGAGGGGAGAGAGCUGUAGAGACCCCAACAUUAUCACCCACAAAUAAGCCAUAUUCCUUCCCCUUAACACUGGUUCCAUUCUCUAGCCCCAAGAGAGGAUGGUGAAAGGAACAUGAGGUCACUGAUGUCAUGUUUGACACAGGAAAGGCUGCUGCCUAAAUGGCUAGAAGAAAGAAGGCAGAAUUUUUUCUGAGCUGCUGGAAUAAGAGACAAAUCACUCCCAAUCAAAUAUAUCUCCUGUGGGCAAAGCCCUGUCUUCUGUAUUAGGAGAAGAUAACAUAGUUUCUGUUAUUUUAGGAAGCUCCUAGUCUGAUAAUGGAGCUAGGAAGAGCACAUACAUAAUAUAUUUAUUAGAAUAUUUAUAUUAAAACUAAUUUCAUCAGUGUGACUUUACAACUGAUAUAAGUCACAACUUCCUUCAUAACUUAGUAGUCAGUAUUCAAGAGAUGCUGUGACUGAAAAUAAUUUACCUGAUGCUCAAGUUCUUGAUGAUGAGGCCUUCUAAAUUUAGCUAGACUGGUUCUCAGAUGACAGAAAUAUAUAAGCCAUUGCCAGGCCUAAAGUUGUAAAAUAUAUUAGGACCAUUUAAGGCUUAUAUUCUGCUAGAAGAACCUUUUUAAUAUGGGUCGACUCAAUGUCAUUAUGAGACAUCAGAGGAAGAAGAAUGUAUAUGUGCAUACAAAAAUAUAUGCACAGACACAUUUGACCAACAAAUAUUUAUUAAGCACAUGCUGUAUUCAAGGUGCUGAAGAUACAAAGACAAAAACAAAACAGUGCCUGACUUCAAAGAUCUUAUAUUCUAUGGUGGGAGUGGGGAUGGGGUGGGAAGAGAAACGGGUAACAUGUUCACUAAUAAGAUAAAAGGGAAACAAAGCAAGAAAGGCUUUAUUUACCAAAGGAGGGGGGGGACAUGAGCUGAGCCUUGAAAGCAUUCUGAUAAGUGCAAAUGAGGUGGGAAUACCUAAAUUCAGCAAAAUAGAGACACUCCAGUUUAGAGUAAUUGGGAGAAUGAGAAGAGGACGAGACAUUAUCAAAGGGGAUCAAGAGAUGGACAGGUGCAGGAAUUAGAACAAGACUGGGGAAAAGAGGAAAAAGAGAAUUGGUAGGUGAGCCUGAGGAAGUGAGAAGCUGAAAGCAAUGGGAGUGAAGAGAGAACUUCUUACUCCUUGUAGAGAUAUUGGUCUGACAGUAAACACUAUUCACUCUCUACAUCUGAACAUUCACUCAGAAAUGAGUGUUGUAAUAAGGUGGAGAAAAGGAGGACAGUUCCUGCUAUUAAUGUUCCGAAAGACAAAAAGAAAACAAAAACUCUGUACAUAAUAACAUAAAUGCCAAGGUUAAAGUCAAGUGCUAAGAGAAUAUCACAAGAUCAAUCUAGGGUGAAAUUAGUCAGGUAAUGCUUUCUGGAGAAAGUGAGAUUUGAGUUGAUUUAAGCCAAAUUUUUAAAAAUGGGUCAUGAACUAAUAAAAAGAGAGGGGGGAGGGGGAAGCAUUUCAAGUUGGAAAACAAGAACAAAUGCACAGAGAUGGAAUAAGGCAGAGAGUAAGGGAUGGAAAUUAGAGGUGAUGUGUUAGAGCUGAGGCAGUGAACUACUUUACUAGAGUGGAGUGGAGUGGAAAGUUUAUAGCAGGCAAUGGAGUAAGAAGAGAUGAGGGGGACCUUUAAGCUCAUACUAAAAUGUAGCACAAUUGAUAGAAUGCCAAACCUAGAGCCAAGUGGACAUGAAUUCAAACCUGGCCUCAGAUACUUCCUUGCUAUGUAACCCUGGGCAAGUCACAACCCCAAAUGCCUAACUUUUACCACUCUUCUGCCUUGCAACUGAUACUAAGACAGCAGAUAAGAGUUUAAAGACAAAAGUCAUAUAUAAUAGUGAUACAAAAAGAGACUAUUUUCUGUGUCAAGGUCCAUAUGCCUUCACUUGGAUCUUAUUACAUCCUCUAGUGGUCAGGUCCAUCUCUGAAUCUCAGUCUUCCCUCUAGGGGUCAGGCCCAUCUCUGAAUCUCAGUCUUCCCAUGAGUGAAAUGGACCUUUGGGCCAGAUUAAUUCCAAUGUUCCAGAAGAUGCAAUUAGAUUUCUUCACUUUCCCCCUCAGGUUCCCAAGUUUUCUCCCCUCCCACCCACAUGUUGUGUCUCAUUCUCAGGCACACAAAGAACAGGGAUCCAGGUAGAGGGGAGAGAACUGUGACAGAUUCUAUCUUUCAGGCAUUUGCUCCCUCCUAAACAUGGUCUCAGGCUAUGUUUACUCAUCUUUUGUGUCCCCACACUUAUCUCUUUUCUAUAUCUGUGUUGGGAGAAAGGAGCAUUUCUUUCUUGUCCUCAUCCUCAGGUCUGCAUUAAUCUCUUCCUCUCCUUCAGAAACCCAGCAUUAGGUCAGAAAUUCUCAAUCAUAGAGGUUGCCUCCAAGGGCCCAGUGGGGAGAAAGCUGAAUUAGAGAUAUCAAGAUCUCUGAGGGUGGGAGUGGCUUGAAAUCCUGUAUAUAUAUCUAUCUGUAUGUAUCCAUCCAAGGUGAUAGAUAAUGAAGUGGGAUGGAUUUGGGGGACCUAACUUAGAUCACCUUCCUCCUAGCUGCCCAGUUGACCUUCACCCCACUUAGUCUCCUCUCUUUACCCCCUGGCCACGACCCUUUCUCCUUCCCUCCUCCACCUUCCCCCUCCAACCGCUCUGUCCAACUAGGAGAGGAGAGAAAAAUUAUCCUUCAUUCUCCUGACUGGUGAGGGAGGAAGGACUCAGAAGAGAUUUAUGCGAGUGUGCCCUCCCCAAUCCCGGUUUCUUUUGCACCAUCGCGUGUUUGCACGGCGGCUUGCCGCUUCUUCCCACUCCUUGCUGCCUUUCCCCAAAAAUUUUAGUUGCACCCAAGGAGCCGGGGGCGGGGGAGAAGGGGGCUGUCCCUGCUUCGCUACCCACUCAGUUUGGCUGUAUCAACCCUCCCCUCCCUAUUGGCUCCCUAACGCGACGGGCUCCCCCACUCCACCGGUUAUGCUCCAUGCAUGAACAUUUCGAAUCAUGCAUGGAAUGCUGCAUCCUGUUCACACCCUGGAACGGGACGAGGGGGGAGGAUGGUUCCCUGGGAGAGGGAACGAGUAUUUCAGAGGUGGCUGGAGUUCCUUCAGAUAAUCAUAAAGUAGAACUUGAACGUA